AUGGCCUCGUCGGAGACGACAGUUCGACUGCCGGGCGAGCACCUGUUAGCUGAAUCGACCGUCGCGCGCGUGCGUCCGUUGAUGACGUACAAGACAGUUGAAGAGUUAAGAACAAGGUUGAAAAAUGACAUUGUGAACCGAUUGCUGAACGUAAGGUUCGAUGAGGGAGCGGGCGGAGACGAACACCCUCCGCAAAACAUGCUACCAUCGAACCAACAAGCCCGACAGCUGGGCAACGCUCCUGACGAGGACAAUGCUCGAAUCCCCGAGCCUACGCCUUCCUCGUCUGCCAUAGAGAAUUUACAGCCCACCAACAACUCAGGCGGCCGUUUACAUAAUUGGCAGGCGACGAAGACGACAGUGAAAGAGCGAUUAUCGUUUCUUUUCAAUAACGAGAUUCUGUCCGACGUGCAUUUUAUCGUUGGCAAGGAUGCGAACCAGCAAGUCAUACCGGCUCACAAGUUCGUUCUGUCCGUUGGAAGUGCUGUUUUCGACGCUAUGUUCAACGGUGUUCUGGCAACGAAGUCAGAGGAGGUUGAACUGCCUGACGUGGAGCCGGCAGCUUUUCUGCACUUGUUGAAGUUCCUUUAUUCGGAUGAGGUCAGAAUCGGUCCAGAGAGUGUGAUGACUACAUUGUACACUGCUAAAAAAUAUGCUGUUGCUGCUUUAGAGGAGCAUUGUGUUGAUUUCCUAAAGAGCAACUUGGGAACGGACAAUGCAUUCUUGCUGUUGACGCAGGCUAGACUGUUUGAUGAGCCUCAGCUUGCCGCAUUGUGCUUAGAAAUGAUAGACAAGAAUACAGUUGAUGCAUUGAAUGCGGAGGGAUUUACAGAUAUUGACCAGGAUACUCUAAAUGCUGUCUUGGAAAGAGACACUCUUCGCAUCAGGGAAGCUAAAAUAUUCUCUGCUGUUCUACGUUGGUCAGAAGCAGAAUGCAUACGGCGGCAAUUACCCGUCACACCUAGUCAUCAGCGAAUGGUACUGGGACGGGCCUUCAACGCAAUUCGAUUUCCUUUGAUGUCCGUAGAAGAGUUUGCGAUGGGCCCUGCACAGAGCGGCCUACUCGAUGACAGAGAAAUUGUCCAGCUCUUUCUCUAUUUUACGGUCAAUCCAAAACCGAACGUAGGAUUUCUGGAUACCCCACGUUGCUGCAUGACAGGAAAGGAGCUAACAGUAAAUAGAUUCCCACAGACUGAGUCCAGGUGGGGAUACAGUGGGACAUCUGAUCGCAUUAGAUUUACAGUCAACCAAAGGAUUUUUGUUGUUGGUUUUGGUCUCUACGGAUCUUAUUUUGGGCCCACUGAAUAUGAAGUACAUUUGCAGGUAAUACACCUUGCAACGAAGAAAGUGUGCGGAUCAAACACGACAACCUUCUGCUGUGAUGGUACGGAUGACACUUUUAGGGCCAUGUUCAAAGAACCGGUCGAGAUACUGCCCAACACUUCCUACAUAGCAAGCGCUAAACUCAAGGGCACAGACUCUUACUACGGCACGAAAGGCCUACGCCGCGUCACGGUGGAUUGCAACAACGGGGAAAAGGUGGUAUUCCAAUUUUCAUACGCCGCCGGCAAUAACAAUGGCACCUCGGUCGAGGACGGACAGAUACCAGCAAUCAUUUUCUAUAUA